UGCACUCAAAGCAUUGUUCGUGAUGGCGGAGGCAUUUCGGCUCGGAUCGUUGAUCUACGUCGUUCACGCUUUUCAAGUCACCGAUAUUCGCUUGUCGGACGAUAUAGUUUUAUGUACAGUAUCGAAGACCUUGUCUUUGGGGGUGGUAUUAGUAGACUGGAUUCCGCCAUUGGUGUAUGAUCUCCUUAUAAUGGGUUUAACACUCGUUCGAGCUGCCGAAUUUUGGCAUCUGUCCACCGGUUUCAGAGGCUUCACACUGGUCAAGAUCAUCGUGUUUGAUCAAUUUAUUUAUUUCAGCCUGGUCAUCGCAUGCUGCGUGUUCAACGUGCUCCAACUCAUCAUCCACGACAUCAACGUUGUACCCCAAACUGUUAUAGCCGCUCUCGGAAGCACGUCAUUUCUAUGUGUCUUAGGCAAUCGAAUGCUAUUCGACUUGAAAGAGGCGGCACAGAGUGGUCACAACGGAGGGACUAGCUAUCGAUUAACUCGGACUAGCUCCGAGGUUAUGGAUUUGCGGUUCACUUGAGGUUUUUUUAUGGCGUUAUGUUAUGUAUAUGGCUUGUUUGUCUUUCCCGUUUUAGGUUUUCC